CGCACGCACACACACACACACACUCCGUUCGGUGCGGCUUUUCGCCCUGAAGCCCCUGAUGGUGCCCUCAGAGCUCCGAGAUCAGCGCCACUUUAAGGAUGUACCUGACGGAUGUGGUUCCUCAGUGCGCGCUGCUGUUGGGGUUCACCUGCAUGGCCGCUUCAUCUCCCACUUCCCCGCAGUUCUCAGCUUACCUGUUGCAUGUGUUGCGUAACUACACAGAUGAGGUGUGUGAUGGUGACCUGCUGACUGUACGCUGCCCCCCCAGGACCACCAUCACUGUCCAAUCAGCAUUCUAUGGCAGGAAAAGCUCCGCCCACUCUCUGUUAUGUCCAAUGCUAUACAGUAUGACUGGACCACGUCCACUGAGUGGUGUCCCUGCAUGCCAUGUUUCAACAGCACUGCAGAAGAUGACAGACGAGUGUGAGGACAGGAGGAGUUGUGAGCUGUUGGUGAACAGUCGGUUAUUUGGAACAGAUCCGUGUCCAUCUAUCAGCAAAUCCCUCACUCUCCAGUACAAAUGCCGACCUAAUGAGUUUAAGAGUAAGGUGGUGUGUGAGGGGGAGAAGUUAAGGGUGAGCUGUAAGACAGGGAUGCAGAUUGCUGUGUUCUCUGCAAUGUUUGGACGUACUCAAGAGGGGGCGCUAGAGUGUCCUCCACAUCCACGGAGGAUGCCGCCUGUAGACUGCCGUGCGGAAGGGGCCCUGCAGGUGAUGACAUCACGUUGUCAGGGGAAACGCACGUGCGUGGUUCAAGUCUCAGUGCAGGAGUUUGGAGACCCCUGUUACACUGGGACUCGCAAAUACCUCAGUGUUAUAUACACCUGUGUUCCUAAGAAGCUUCUACAGGAUUCAGUUCAGACUCCACCAUCUUCACCACCCCAUGACCCCAACGUGGUGGGAGACAGCUCACCCUCUGAAGGGAACCAAUCUGUGACCUCUGACCCUGCACCAGGAAAGUCUAAAAGAACGACAGGUAGAGAAGCAGUGAGAGACGGAGACAGUUAUACAGAGGCAUCGCCCAGAGACCCAAAUCCUGCCAUCAGCGCUGUGUUUAAAAAAAAGAUGGCACUAAUCAGCAACGGCUUCGCUGCCUUCACCUACAUCACUGAGCACCCGGAGAGAUGUGCGCUGUACUUCAUGUGUGGUGUGUGUGUCGGCCUCUUCCUCACACUGUUUGCACUGGUGGUGCAGAUCUCCUGCCGGACGGAGUGUAAACAGCAUCAAGCCGUUGCUAAGAAACGGCCCCGGCAGGCGGACUCGGACUCAGAUUCCGACUCCGAUUCAGACUGGGACUCCGGCUCGGAUCUGUCGUCACGGCGACGACGGCGCUUUGAGCGCACAUUGAACACCAAUGUGUUCACCUCGGCCGAGGAGCUGGAGCGAGCUCAGCGAUUGGAGGAACGAGAGCGAAUCAUUCGCGAGAUCUGGAUGAACGGGCAGCCGGACGUCCCAGGAACACGGAGCCUCAAUCGUUAUUACUAAACACACACACACACAUGGCAGAAUACUGUGCUGGGAUUUGUUGCACCCACAUAAACUGUACCUUUCCACGGAGCCUGUGUGUGCCUGCUAACCCUUAACCCUUACUGUGCUGAGGUCAAAGGUCAUGUCUUAGGGAUCAGUCCACAAGAAGGCUAAAAGCUAAUGGCUUAGGACCCUAGGCACAGACGGCUCUGUAAGACUGAAUGAGCUCUAAGGAUCUCCAGCGUUCUGAAUGGUCCAUUCCUUCCGUCUGUCAAAAUGAAAAGUGUGACUGUAGACAAGACUAAAGGUAGCGACCAAGUCUAAAGAAGAUAUUAGUAACCGGAGCAGUCUGGUACAAGUGAUCAGCACAUCUGAUGAUGAUGACAGUUUUGAGGGUUUUAUGUCUGAUAACUAGAACAUUUGCUGGAGAAUUCAUCUUCUAUUGCAGCCUGGGUGAAACGGUGCUGCCUCGAACUUUACCUUUAAAUCAUGAAUACAUACACAUUUAAUUAUGAUGUUCGGAAUUCAUCUCAGCCCUUAAAGUCUAUUUUAAAUA